CCCCUCCCCCCUCUUCUCUCCCUCCUCCCUCCCUCUUCUCUCAUCACUCCUUUCCUCUCCCUCCCUCCCUCCAUUCGGCUCCGAUGUCCAACACGUCGCUGCUUCCGCUGCUUUCCAGCAGCGAGCGCCAGUUCAUCCUCCAGGGCGUCGCCAGCGGAGUUCGGUCGGACGGCCGCGGGCGCCUGGACGCGCGCGACAUCAUCCUUGAGACUGGCCUCCUCCCUCAGGCAAAUGGCUCAGCGCGAGUGAUCAUCGGGAAUACCGACAUCCUGGUCGGCAUCAAGGCUGACCUCGGACUCCCCUCGCAACAAAACCCCGACCAAGGGCGCAUCCACUGCAAUGUGGAGUGCACCGCCACCGUCACCAAUGCCGUCGACUCGCGCGAUGCCGACUCCGAUGCCGAAACCCUGGGCCAUGUUAUCACGCGGAUUUUUGUCAACAGCGGCUGCAUCGAUCUGAAAAAGCUUUGUCUCAUUCCCGGCAGCGUGUGCUGGAAUUUCUACAUCGACGCCAUGAUUCUCGGCUUCGAUGGCAAUGCCGCUGAUGCCAUUGCCCAGGCCGUUCGCGCGGCGUUCUCCGAUUUGCGCAUCCCGCGAGUGGUGAUCGACACCGGCAGCACCCCUCCGACGGUGGAGAUUGACGAGGACCUCCGCCGGGCCUUCUGCCCUGUGGAUGUGGCGGCGCUGCCCCUCUCCAUGACCAUGUGGAAGGUGGGCAUGAGCUUCCUGGUGGAUCCGACCCCGGCCGAGGAGGCCUGUGCCAGCGGGGCCCUGUUGGUUGCGGCCACCGCCACCGGGCGGGUGUGCCUGGUGCAGACCCUGGCCGGCGGGGCGGCCCAAUACUCGGAGUCGGCCCAGGCGACUGCGCUGCCGGUUCCACGUGGCGAGUCGACCGGUGCCCAGGCCGGGGCUCCGCCCGUGGCCGUGGUCAGCGCCGGCGGCAUGAACCCCCACUCGAUUGUUGAUAUGCUCAGCACCGCCACCGAGAUCGCCCAGUCGGUGGCCCGCAAGCAGGAUGAGGCUCUGCGCCGGGUGGCCGAGGCCAGCACUCGCUCCCAUGGCGCCGGCAAGUCCGCGCACUUUGUCGAUCAGUCGGUCGGCUUCUUUGCCGACUCCUUCGCCGCCACGAGCGGCAACUAAGCCUGGCCGAGUCAGCGUCCUGCGAGCGUGAGCGUACACAAUGCGUGCCCAUGCAGGCGAGCGUGCGUGCCAAUGCCUGGCCAUCUCGCCGCCCCGGGCCCAUGUAUGCCUCUCCUUCCCUUGUUCCCCCCCCCCCCCCCCCCC